AUGGACCAUACCUCAGCGUAUGCCGAGUUUGUCCAGACACACAGAACUUUUGGGGAGCACAUGUUUGAAUUUGAUGAGGAUGAGGAGUUCUAUGUGGACCUGGAUAAGAUGGAGACCAUCUGGCACCUGCCGGAGUUUAUUCAUGCCUUUGACUAUGAUCCUUGGAGGGGAAUUGCUGCCAUCAUCAUGGCAAGGAAGAACUUGAAGAAAAUGAUUGAACACUCCAACCACACCAGAGCCACUAAUGAGCCCCCUGAGGUGACCGUGUUUCCCAAGGAACCCAUGGAGCUGGGCCAGCUCAUCUGCCAUGCAGACAAGUUCUUCCCGCCAGUGCUCAAUGUAACGUGGCUGCACCAGAGUGUCGCCAUGCGUGUGGCUGAGGGCAUCUUUCUGCCCAACACAGAAUUCACAUUCCACAGCUUCCACUACCUGACCUUCCUCCCCACAACUGAGAAUGUCUACGACUGCAGGGUGGAGCACUGAGGUCUGGACGAGCUGCUCCUGAAGCACUGGGAGGCCUGGGAGCCCAUCCAGGUGCCUGAGACAAUGGAGACUGUGGUCUGUGCCCUGGGCCUGCUGGUGGACCUGGCGGGCAUCAUCACUGCCACCAUCGUCCUGUGGAAAGAACCAGUGAUGCUCAGCCGGGAGCCGGGCGGCGCUCAGCCUGGGCCGCAGCGACCUCACGACCUGCACACCCUCUGA